AUCAGCAUCAAAUUUUCAUAGUGAAUGCAACGAAGUAAAUAACAAAAAACAAUAGGCAAUUUUCUUCUAAUAUUAUAAACAAAGUUCAAGUUUGCAAAAUAAAACGCAAGUGGUGAACAUAGAGCAAAUACGUCGCAAUAUUCCAUUGAAGACAUUUUAACUAAAUUUGGUUCUUCAUUUGGAAUUAAAUACCUUACAAUAUUACCAAUAGUGAACCAAAUCAAUAUAAGCGGAUUCAUUAUAUACGCUUUAAAACUAAAGCAGCUCUGUAGAAAGUGUUAAUCGCAUUAAUAAUUUUUAUUCGCAUUUGAUAUAGUAAAUCUUCACAAUAAACGGAUUUGGGAGGAAGUGACUAACAAAAAUACAGAAGAAUGGUUGAACCUAUUUUUGAUUACCAGUUUCGGCUGAUUCUAAUUGGUGAUAGUACAGUGGGCAAGAGUUCGUUACUCAAAUUCUUUACAGAUGGCAAAUUCGCCGAGCUAUCUGACCCUACUGUUGGUGUUGACUUUUUUGCCCGCUUGAUGGAAAUGAAGGAUGGAACCCAAAUAAAACUACAACUAUGGGACACAGCUGGUCAAGAACGUUUUCGAUCAAUUACAAAAUCAUACUACCGAAACUCGGUUGGAGUAUUGUUGGUAUAUGACAUAACAAAUUAUGCCAGUUUUGAACAUAUUCCACUUUGGAUGAUGGAAGCCCAACGUCACAUUGAACCACAUCGUCCAGUGUUCGCAUUGGUCGGUUGUAAAUUAGACCUAGUAAAUGCCGGUGGUCGUCGAGAAGUAACUACAGAGGAAGCUCAAUCAUUUGCCAACCAAAACGGCUUGCAUUUUGUUGAAACUUCAGCUCGAAAUGGUGUUAACGUAGAAGAAGCUUUUCGUAUGGUUACACAGGAGGUAUAUACGCGAAUACGUUCAGGCGAAUACAAAGUAGAGGACGGCUGGGACGGUAUAAAAACUGGGUUUGCACGUCCAAAUAGUUUAGAUUUUAAUUUGGUUAUGGCGGAGCCGGAAAAAUCGUCUUGUUGCUGAUAUGUUUGUAAAUGAUGAUUAAAUCAAAGUCACUGGAUGGCAAAAAUAGUGGGUUUCCAACAUUAGAGAAAGAAAAUGCGAAUUUUAUCGUAAUUGAUUGAAAUGUGAAGUAUGUAUGUCUGUAUGUUUUAUUCUCAUAAGAUGAAACAGUAUAUACAUACUUACAAACCAGUGCGCAUUUCUUUACCGUUGGAGUACAGCUAAAAAAUGGGAGGUUACAGUUUUUAUUUUUAAUUUUGUACUUUAUAAUGAAAUGCGAACGAAGCUAUUCUUACCAAAUAAAUGAUAAAAAACUAGAAGAUGAAAAAUAAAUGGUUUUAAAUAUAUUAAAACCUGCAUACAAUUACAAUAAUUGAGGGUAACAAUUUUAAAA